AUGCAGUUUUGUCUAUUAACCAUCUCUCUCUCUCUCCGUCUCUCCUCAGAUCCAGUAGAUGUGUUGCGGAUGCUGCAGCUGCCCUCUCUCCCCGAGGGGGUGCGGAAGGUUCCAGGCUUCUGCACCUCCCGCCGUGCCGGCUCUGGUGACCAUGCCUACCGCAUCACCAAGAAGGCCCAGAUCUCUGCCCCCACCAAUCAACUCUUCUCAGGUACAGUACCUCUAUAUCCAUGUCUAACUAGGGUCGUGUUCAUUAGGCAGCAAAUGGAAGAAAGCAGACUCAAACAGGGAGGGACUACCUGGACUUUCCUAAUAAGAAACAUUCAUUUUUGUUUUCUGUUGCAAAACGUUUUAAAAUGUCUUCCAUUGAGUGCCCUAAUGAACACGACCCAGGCCUCAACUGGACUGAAGCUACAACAUACCUCAUCUCUCAGAUUGACUUGGAAAGAUGUGGUCGACAUUACCUGUAAAUGGGAUGGAUUGCUGAAACAAUGGACACAGACUGGGGCAUACAAUGUAUGCCACGUGCAUUCUGUGAAUGUAUUUUUGUAAUGUGUCGUGAUUGCUAUUUUUGUUCCUAUCAUUGUUUUUAGUUUUUAAUGUUUAUUUUCAUCUUACAAUUACCAUAAGGAGGAUAGUUGGGCCAUAACUUUGCAGCUUUAGUGUUACAUUGCUUUUGCGUUAGGCAUAUCAUUAUUUCGUGCAAGAGCAUGUGAAAUUGAAAUGGCUUUGGAAUAGCCUAAACAAAUGAAGAGCCAACUAACUACCGUCUGAGACCCUGAAGCGCACUAGGAUAGUAAGUAGCACUUAUGUGGUUGAAAGCUCAUUUUCUUAGUCUGGGUUUUUGAUUUUUCUACACCUACCUCUUAUGUCUGUUCACACUUCAAUCCUUCAAACCCUCACCCUUUAAAUUCCAAUAAAAUGUGCAGCUGUCUGCUCUUAGACACCCCUAACUCUAAUUUGUCAUCAAUCGUCUACCCCGCUACUGUGUCUAAUAUCCUUCCUCUCUCCUCUCUUCUUUCUUCCCCCAAUGCCUCCCUCUCUCCUUUCUUCCUUCUUCCCCAAUGCCUCCCUCUCUCCUCUCUUCUUUCUUCCCUCAAUGCCUCCCUCUCUCCUCUCUUCUUUCUUCCCCCAAUUCCUCCCUCUCUCCUCUCUUCUUUCUUCCCCCAAUGCCUCCCUCUCUCCUCUCUUCCUUCUUCCCCCAAUUCCUCCUUCUCUCCUCUCUUCCUUCUUCCCCCAAUGCCUCCCUCUCUCCUCUCCUCUUCUUCCCUUCAUGCCUCCUCUUCCAACCCUCUCCUCCAGGUCGUUUCCCGGAGAAUUUCUCCAUCAUGGCCCUGGUCAAGGCCCAUGCGGGCCUCCAGGCCUUCCUGUUGUCCAUCUACAGUGAGCAGGGUGUCCAGCAGCUGGGUGUGGAGCUGGGACGUUCCCCCGUCUUCCUGUACGAGGACCAGACCGGCAAGCCCGCCCCCGAGGACUACCCCCUCUUCAGCGGCGUCAACCUGGCCGACGGCAAGUCAGUAACAACACGUCCCGCGGCUCUGUGUGUGUGUGUGUGUGUCUGUGUCAGUGUUUGCAUGUGUACUGGGUUUGAUGGACUGGGGUUUUCAGUGUUUGCAUGUGUACUGGGUUUGAUGGACUGGGGUUUUCAGUGUUUGCAUGUGUACUGGGUUUGAUGGACUAGGGUUUUCAGUAUUUGCAUGCAUGGUUGUUUUUAUUUUAUGCAACUGUAUUAUAUCAUAUGAAUAUCUUCUUGAUGGGUCAGAUUUUGCAGGGUUGUCAUGAAAUUUGACAAAUUUUGCCUCAGUGUCUCAGAACAGUGGUUUUCAAAUCGCUCCUCAAGGACUCCCAGACGUUUCACAAUUUAGUUGUAGCCGUGAAAUAAGUCACUGAUUCAACCUAUCAAGGGCUUGAUAAUUAGUUGACAAGUUGAAUCUGGUGUGCUAGCUCUGGAAUAGUUCAAACACAUGGAACGGCUGGGGGUACCAGUGGAGAGGUUUGAAAACAGUCUGUUAUAAGUCUUUCUCACACACACACACACACACACACACACACACACACACACACACACACACACACACACACACACACACACACACGUACAACUUACACUGUAUACAUUGGGGUUUCCUUUAAGCAACCCCCUCCAGCACAUUACACAGUUGUGCUUUACCUCCUCCCUGCCUAUAGGUGGCACCGCAUCGCUAUCUCCGUGUCGAAGAAGAACGUCACCCUGCUCCUGGACUGUAAGAAGCGCAUGACCAGGGCCCUGCCCCGCAGCAACAGCCCCGUGGUGGACACCAAGGGCAUCACCAUGUUCGGAGCACGCCUGCUGGACGAGGAGGUCUUCCAGGUCAGAGGUCACACAGUCAGGCACUAGUCACUUGUGCAAUAGAGCUGUACAUGACACUAGUGCCAUAGAGAUAUACCUGUCCCAAUAUUAUUAGACUGCUAUCUUUUCUCAACUCCUCUCCUUCCUGAGCAUUGAUAGAAAGACUGAAUAUGGGUCUAACUUAUUUCUUUGACCUAUCAAGUUCUUAUAGGUUUGUGGUAUCGAAGGAAAAGGGGCUAGGAUUGUGAAGGCUACUGGGACACGGUUGCUGUUAAUACCUGUUGUAGUGGUAGCACUUUUAUUAAGAUGUUCAAUCUGCUUCAGUAAAUAGGCUACCAUGUUAUGUUAUUACCAAGCUGAACCACUCACAUUGACAGAGUAACUGUAAUGUUCUUCAUUAACCUUCAUGUUCUUCUUCUUCUUGUUUGUCCAACAAAAACCUGAUGAACCCUUAUUCCUUCAAAGGCAGCUGAUCUGCUUUCAGCUCAGGAACUGAUUCAAAUGAUAUUACUUCUCAUUUCAAUGAGGUUUUCUGUUUGUUUUCUAUUUCCCACAGGGUGAUAUCCAACAGCUGCUGAUCGCAUCCAACCCUCAGGCUGCUUAUGACUUCUGUGAACACUACAGCCCCGACUGUGAUUCCCCCCUACCCAAGAUCCAGUCCCAGGACCCCAACACAUACGUGAGUAACACAGCAAAACACCACAUACACUGA